CAUUUCUGACAUUGACUGCCAAACCUUCUCCUCGCCCUCCUGCGCGCAACUCACCUCUCCUCUCAUACGCUGCGUUCAAUUUGCCGCUGGUACUUGGACGACCCGUUGCCUCUAUAUUGCCGACGCUGGAGCUUGCCCAUAGCCUGACGAUCCGGCGCAAUCCGGCUACAUAUCUUUGAGACGUCUUCAGCACGACUCGACUCAGCAAAUCUCCAUACAAGUCUCCAAAAUCUGGGACAAUAGCAGGGCGAACGAUACGAUUGUUCGCUUGAGUCUGCGCACGAGUAGCGAGCACCGCGCAUACUGUCAACGCCGCAUGGAAGCCGCGCCGCAAGAUAGAAGUGCUCGCACAAUAUGCCUCGACAUACGGCACAUCAGCGGGAGUACCACAUAGCUGUCCUGGGCUCUGGCGGAGUAGGGAAAAGUUGUCUUACGAUGCAAUUUGUCCAAGGAAUAUUUGUGGAGCGCUACGAUCCUACAAUCGAAGAUUCGUAUCGAAAAGAUGUCGACGUUGAUGGAAGACAAGUAAUUCUGGAGAUCAUGGAUACAGCAGGGACAGAGCAGUUCAAUCCACCCUCUAACCUCUCCUCCACCAGAGAUAUGUACAUGCGCCUCGGCCAAGGCUUCCUCCUCGUCUUCAGCAUAACCUCCGCCUCCUCCCUCCGCGAACUCAUCGACCUUCACGACCAAAUCGUCCGCACAAAAGGCGACAAGAACUUCCCCAUGGUACUCGUGGGAAACAAGUCCGAUCUCGAAGAAGACCGCGCUGUGUCACGAGCGAAGGCAUUUCAGCUCUCGCAGAGCUGGGGGAAUAUUCCGUACUAUGAGACGAGUGCAAGACAAGCAACGAAUAUUCAUGAGGUUUUUAUGGAUGUUUGUCGGCAGAUUAUAAGAAGAGAUCUGGCGAAGAACAGGGAGCGGGAUGACCAGAGGGACGGAAGGAGGAGGAAACGGAGAGGAGAAGGAGGUGGGAGGGAAGAGAGGAGUAGUCGGUGCAUGAUUUUAUGAUCAGAAUGGAUAGCUUUGGAAAGAGCAGUGUAUAUGCCAGUUCAGCCUCACAAUUAGGCUGACGAAUAUCCAGCCAGUGAGCCGUCG